AUGUCUUGCAUUGAAAAGUCAAGCUAUCCCUAUGGAGACAUUUGUGAGGUUGACACAACUGGUGCACCAGAGGAAACGGCAGAUGGUAGGAAGGAAGGAAGGAAGGAAGGAAGUGUAGUGUCUGCAUCCCGUGAGAUGGCUAAAGAUGAUUUUCAGCAUAUAAAGGUGUACAAAAAAGAGAUUAUCAAGGCUGCAAACAAAUAUGGAGUGCAGCCCUCUGUUGUGGCUGGCAUCAUCUCCAGAGAGACCCGAGGAGGCAGAGGGGCAGGUUUCACUUCUGAUGGCUGGGGAGACAACAGGAACACCUUUGGACUGAUGCAGAUUGACAAGAACUGGCACAAGCCAAGGGGUCAGUGGGACAGCCAGGAACAUAUUGAGCAAGGAGUUGACCAAACCAAAACACAUUUGUUUUGGGGCACCAAACUAAAAAAUGUUCAAAUUCUUCCUACAGGAGGCAUUAAAGAGGUCAGGUCGUGCACAUUUAGAGUUUUUUUUAAGGGUUUUUUGAUUUAUGUGGAGUAUAAAAAAAGUUUAGAUUUUUUUUCUCUCCACCCUUCAACUUAUUUUUUUCCUGCUUUAGGAGUGCUGGCUGCCUUCAACAUGAGUACAGAAAAAAUGGCCUCCUCCUACAAGAACGUGGACGAUCACACUACCGAGAAGGACUACUCCAAUGAUGUCACUGCCAGGGCCCAGUACUAUGAGGAGCAUUAUAAAGAAGUGUUUAACCUCUGA